AUGAAGAGCACAAAGAAUCAGAGCAGCACAUCUCAGUUCAUCCUCCUGGGGCUGCCCAUCCAGCCAGAAAAUCAAGGCAUUUACUCUGCCCUAUUUCUAGUCAUGUACCUGACCACAGUACUAGGGAACCUGUUCAUCAUCCUGCUCAUCAGGCUGGACCCUCAUCUCCACACUCCCAUGUACUUCUUCCUCAGCCACUUGGCCUUCACAGGCAUCUCUUUCUCAUCAGUCACAGUUCCAAAGAUGCUCACGAAUAUUCUGACACACAGUCAGUCCAUCUCAUAUGCUGGGUGCAUUUCCCAGGCAUAUUUUUUCUUGAUGUUUGGGGGUAUUGACAACUUCAUUCUGACCUCCAUGACCUAUGACAGAUAUGUGGCCAUCUGCCACCCCCUCCACUAUAACAGAAUCAUUAGUCAGAGUGUCUGUAUCUUGAUGGUCAUUGCAUCCUGGUUCUUAUCCUUUUCUGGUGCACUUAUUCACACCAUCCUUCUAGUUCGUCUCUCUUUCUUUAGAGGUAACAUUCUCCACCACUUCUUCUGUGAUCUUUCUGCUUUAAUUAAGCUGUCCAGUUCAGACACCUCUAUCAAUGAGCUGGUCAUCCUCAUUGUGGGAUCACUGCUCAUUACUGUGCCAUUCAUAUGUAUCAUGAUCUCUUAUGGCCACAUUGGAGCCACCAUCCUGAAAACUCCCUCACUCAAGGGAAUUUACAAAGCCUUGUCCACAUGCGGCUCUCAUCUCUCUGUGGUUUCCCUUUAUUACAGAACUAUUAUUGGGCUAUAUCUUGUCCCCUCAUCUAACAACACUAAUAACAAGGAUGUCAGUGUUGCUGUGAUGUACACUGUGGUCACACCCAUGCUGAAUCCCUUUAUCUACAGUCUGAGGAAUCAGGACAUGAAAGGAGCACUGAGAAAUACCCUCAGCAGGAGAGUUUGUUCACAGUGA